UUUCUGUUUCGUUUUUUUUUGUUUUUCGUUUUUUGUUCUUCUGUUGCGGUUUGUUGUGGUCUUUAUUGCCAACGUUAAUUGUGUGUCAUACUAAUUUAUGUACAAAUCUAUGUGCAAGCUGCAUUGCCAUCUGCUGUUCUCCUAAUUACUACUAACCCUCGCAGGGAUCGCUUGCUUAUGUCAUUCCAAUUUGUUCAAAGUUAAAAUAUUUUAGCUUAUAAAUGGUGUGUUGAUUGCCUAAAUGCAUGGGUGGGCACUCAUAUUUAAGUACGCUUGACAGUUUGUGUGCUCGACGUGAUUAGCCUAAGUAAUCAGUGCUAGCUGCGCGAGAUACAACGACCGUGACCGGAGAUGGAUAAAAAAGAGCAUGUGUCACUUUAACCCUUCCGCUGCCAUUAAUUUUAAGCCUCUUUAAAAGCUAUCCCAAAGCGCACAAAUGUUUUGUGCACCAUUUCUACAGUCGUUUUAAUUUUUUAGUUACUGUCUGGAAUGCAAACUGAAAAAUACUAAUCGAUGAAUUUCUAUGUCCACACAAUCUCCUUUGUCUAUAAUUUCUCACUUUUCACAAUUGUCGGAUAGUCUGCGGGACAAUAUAUUUCUUAGAGUGUUCUAAGGGAGUAAACUGUGUGUUUGCUACCAUGCUACGGUAAAGAUAAUUGCGUGAUCAUAGGGGGUUAUAAAUAGGUAUGGCGGGAUCAAAACAUAUAUUUGAUUAACACAUUCAAAUUCGAUAUUUUAUGCUUUGUGGGAUCGAAAUGCAUGUUUAGUCCCUCAUUAUUAAAAUUUGUUGCAAACCGGAAAUAUUCUUUAUUUUCGAAAACCGUUUUUAACAGGCACGGAAAUUUUCAAAUAUAUGACUAUCAAUGUCAUGUGUACCUUAAUGCAAAAUUCGUUAGAUUUUUGUAUUCACAUUUCGGUACAUGGGCACUAAGUAUUUGGCAAUAAACAAAAAUAGUGCGAUUACUCAUCGUCUUUAGUUAACCGACAGAAAUGUUUAUAAAAAAAAGUAACGAUAAAAGACGGCUAUGAGUAUGUGCCAAUUCAGACGAUUUGCUCCAACUCAGCUGGUGCUGCCCAUACACUAAUACUACAGCACGAUUUUCGAACUGUUGGUUUCCUUAGACAAACAUGUGUAUUGUGGUAGGGAAACAAGCAUCAAACUAUUGCUUUAUGCAAAUUGUGCGAGCUGUGCUAUUGAGAAAGCCUCCUUUGCUCAGUUUUCGUUUUUCCAUCAGUCUCUACUUUGCAUUUGCUGUUGAGCGACGAUGGAGAGAAGAACUAAAAGAUCGCUUAGUUUAGCAGCCAAUGGUGUUGGCCCCACACAGGCAUCGAAUUCUAAAUAAUUUAGCAGUUAGACAAUCAAACAGAUGCUUCACACACCAUAGAAGUAAACAAAAAUCCAUGCUCUUUCAAUGUCAAUUUGCGAACAGUAUUUUAAAGUGGGGAAUGUAUGUACAUAUAUAAUAUUAAUUUAUGUGUGGUGGCUCUAUUAUCAAAGCAUUGGAUUAAAUAUACAAAUGUGCUUAAGCACAUACAUCUAGUAAUAUCUAUAUGGCUGGCUGGUCACUUAUCCUGUAAAAUAUUACUUUACCGAUUAAUAUGUUUUUUGUUUUCUGCUGCCCAGCUGCUGUCAUCAUAAAUUUGCAAGCCGUCAGAAGGUGUGUGACUUUCUAUUUACCUUUGCACUAACCCUACAAAUUCGCUUUAUUCCACAUAGUUGAAUCGGCGUUGGGUCGUAAUGGGUUUUCUACGUAAGUUUUGUAUAUACAUAGUUAGGCUAGGUACUAAGUUACUCAUACGCCCUGUGUUUCUUUGUUAAAGGUCAAAGUCUUCCCUACCGCUUGCGAAAUACAUGCGUUGAUGUCCAUAUAUACAGCAAAAUGGUAAUAUUUAUUUAAAUACACGUUUAUGUACAUAUGUACAUACGUUUAAAAAGAUUAAACAAUUUUCGGACGCCUAGGAAUAGCCGUCACAGACCAAAAAUGAAUGAAGUAAUGCUACAAAUUGCUUAAAUAAAUUACAUAUAUAAAUUAUUGUAAAGAAAGGAGAGUGAGGCAUCAGCUGGUAAACUAAAAAAACUAAGGAAAGCUGUAGAAUUGUCAUAUUGUAAGCAUGACUUCUUACCCGAUUAUUCGUCGGUAAAAUCGAUAGAGACGAUCUAACUUGUUCCAAAAAUAUACAAUGGCUUUGUUUUGUUGAUUUUUCAAAGUGGCUUUAGCGAUAUAUCGAUACAAACUGUCUAUCUAACGGAGCGAUAGUCGGUUAGUGGUUCUUAACCUUAUGUUGCGCCCCUCUUUAUUAUACGAAUAAUAUUUUAAAUACAAACUCGGGCCGCCAAUAAUUGCCAAUCGCUCUCUGAUGUGGAGUUCUUGCUCUCAGACACUCACUAAUUUUCGAAAAUUUUCUGUCGACUGAGAGAGAGUUCUUUCGAGCAGACACUUAACAUCUCUUAAGAGAACACUUUUCGUUCGAAAAUGGCAUCUUGGCAUUUUUCGAAAACAUUUUAACAAUAAGAAAAUAACAACUACGCUGAAGCAUUUGGCGGCAUCUACAACGACUACGUCAACUUUGGCGUUUCAUCCACAAAAAAAAACAGUGCGGCAAUACCCUCGUGCAUUAUAGGUCGAUGUAGACGAGCUUCGCUUUGUAGCAAAUUGCCGAACUUUGUGUUCGUGGCCAUUUUCGAAUGAUGUGUUUUGAAAAUUCUUAUUGUUAGUGGUAAUAGAGUGUCGGUUGUGACGGGUGAAAUUUUAUUAUUUGCGUUGUGUCGACUGGAUUGUAAUCGUUAAAAAUUUUAAAAAUCAAUUAAAAGAAAAACAGCAACUUGGACGGAUUAGAAUUCUUGUUGCGAGCGAUUGCAAUAACUUCGCACUUCUGUAAAAAAAACAUGCAAAUUCUGAAAAUGAAAAUAAUGGAAAAAUUUAAUAAUAUGUGCAUAUGAAAAUAUAUAAAUGGCGAAAAAAUAUUCGCUAGUGUUCGAAUAUUUCGUGCGAUCAGAAACAUAUCAAAAUCAAAUUAAUUACUGUAUAAAAGAUUCAAAUUUGCCGUAUUAAUUAUUAGAUAUUCUUUGAAAUACGAGGAAAAACUAAAAAGACUGAAAUGUAUGAUUUAAAAACAUGAUAAAUUCAGUGCGAAUAGUAUUGACGCAAAAGCCCUACAAAAACGGAACCACUAACUUCAAGAAUAGCCACAGCUACAACAACAACAGCGACAUAUGUAUAAGACAAGAGCCGUUUGCAAAAAUAAGAAAAUUUUGUCUAUCAGCGUCGCGAUACACGUACAUACUUACGUACUUAAGUACAAAAGAAGAGCAAUUUUUGCCAGGAGCAAACACCAAGAAGUGACCCAACGACUAAACGAACAUUGGCAAUAGGAAUUAUUCUUAGAAAUGCAGCUAUUUUUGAAUAAGCGAAAGCAAAAACAGAUAAACACAAUAGAAAUAAAGAACUUAAACCAGCAGCAAUCAUAAGAACUUAGAAUCGAAGGGACCGGGACCGACGCGUUUAGAAAAACGGCAGUGACUGCAAUACAAAGAAAUAUAAACAGAAAUAAAGAAUGGCCACAACAUUCUUGAAUCGUUUUCAUCGCGAAAAAAGUGAACGCCAGGGGUUGAUGGCGGCAGAUAGUAACGUCAACACUAAAUCGAAGAAAAAAGACAAAGAAAAAGGCAACAGUGGCGGAAAAGCUGCUGAUGGCACAAAUGACGUUGGGAUCAUGUCGGCGCCGCCCACACAUUCGGCUGCUGCUUUCGCCGCGUCAACGGACAUGACGAACUCAGUGACAGAAAAAUCGGACGCAACAGCAACAACAACCUCACAACAGCAGCCAGCGCGUCAGCAACGCCGCUACAUACGCAGCGCCACAGCGGCGAGCGUAACGCAGCUCUUGUCGGAAAGCUGUAGCAGUCUGUUGCAGCGGUUCCGUCGUCAUCCGAGCGAGCGACCCGAUAAAAGUCAAAAUCAGCAGCAGCAGCAGCAGCACCAAAAACUAAAUCGUGAUAUUAAGACUACUGCGAACGACGAGUAUCGGGAUACCAGUAAGACGCCAACAAACUUCGAUAAUAACAAUUCAAAGUCGGUAAAGAGUCGGGAAAAGCUUAUAGAGAAUUGUGAAGCUGCUACCGACAACAACAGCCACCGUAAUUCGAUGUGCGAUCGUAGACGUUAUUAUGGCGGUGGAGGAGGAACAGGAAGUGGCUAUUAUGCCGGUGGCGGAGGCACCAGUACGGGCCGCUAUCAGAAAAGUGCGACCGCAGUGUCCGCACUGGAUCGUUUACGCUCGAACUUAAGUCCCGUUACGUCAUAUUAUAAGCCGCUGAUGCGUAGCUUUGGAAGACGUGGUGACGAUGAUAGAAAAGACACCGACAAAGACAAAACUCCCACUGCGAGUGGUACCAGCAAGCUUUCAGCCAUCUCCCGUCUCGAAAACAAAUAUUCGGAUAUCCUUGAUCGUCAUAGGCAUCACGAGGACGAUCGUGACAAAACACUCGAGCCCGAUGAGAACCGAAAUCCUCUGUCCAAAUCAGCGACUUCGCAUCAGCUGUUGGGCGUUGGACGGCCAAAGUUGUCGUCAGGUUCGUUUAAUGCGGCCGAUCGGAAGGAACGCACACCUUACCGCCUUGGCCGAAAUAAGACUAAUCGGUAUUUAGGAGAUUCGAACGACAGCGGUUAUGUAACGAGUACCAACGGCAGUACGCGGGGCGAACAUACGACCCUCCUCGACGAAAAUUAUCCGCUAGAUUAUGGUGGAAGUAGAUACCGCCGAAAUUAUGAAAUGCCGCGACACCAUUUAGAGAACUACGAAGCGCUAAAGGCGGGUGGGGCGAUGGGAUACUCGCCAGGGUCUAGCCGUAGUGGUCGUGGUGCAGAAUAUGCCGCCGGUUACAAUGCACGCAGCUACAGAAGCCGUGAUGUGUACGAUGAUUAUGGUGGUGGAGGUGGUGGCGUCAGUUCCCGCAGCAGACCUCAUGCUUACGGUCGAAAUAAGACCUCGGAAAAUCUAUUACCAUCCGCUAUUGAAACAGUGUCUAGCGCACAUGCUUCUUUCCGUCCAGAUUGUGAAGAUUACGGUGUGCCGAAUUCACGGAAUCGGUUUGCCCAUCGCCGCAGAGAUAAUAUGACGCAACGUUUACCAACACGGAGGGAAGAACUCACCGAUGAAGAUCGUGAGAUACUUAACGAUGAGCGGUCGUCUGCUGAUAAUGCCGCGAUCCUACUGCUUCUCAAAGAAGAUAAUCAAUAUCUAGAAGCGCGGAAAUUCGAAGAACGUAUGCGUAGACGCAAGGAGCUACAGCAGCGUAUGUUACGUUAUGCGCAAGAAGAUGCUGCUGCUGCGGCAGCUGAGAAAAUAAAGUUAACUAAACAGAGUGAGAAGGUAGCCGAAACUGAAAUGUCUGAGGCGAAAAUCUCAAAGCAAGCAGACAAUGUCAACAAUGAAGAGGAAGCAUCGAAUGCUAAAACAACACAGAAGACAACAAACAAUCACAAUAAAGUAGCUAGUCCAAUUACCGAUAGUGACAGUUCGUCGGAAAGUAGCUCUGAAGAAUCCGAAAGUAGUAGUCAGGGAGAUAAAGCUAUAACCACAGCUACUCCUAACACAAGUACUACACCUACAACAACUGCUGUUAAAGACUCUAAAGACGAUGCCACAGUCGCUGCAGCCACAAAUGCCAGUAUACCAAACUCGACGUCAGCUUCUGGCUCCAGUGUUACCACACUACAUGCAGAUCGUAAUAAUAAUGACCUCUCUAAGUACAGACCAACCGUUGAUACCAGCUUCAAAUCGAACGGACUCAUGCACUCAUCGAGCUCUGGGGCUUUAGCAUUUGGUGGCAUUAGUGAACGUUUAGCUGCCGGACGCUCACAACGUUACCAACCGGUUACGUCUUCACGUACGGCUGCGCUAUUGGCUGAUUUAGACACCAUACGCCCGACUGCAGACAGCAGCAGUAGUCGUUAUCAGCAACACAAGAAUGUUUCAAGCGAUUCAUACAAAUCGUCGUAUCUUUUCGAUCCAUACUAUUCAUAUGGCGGCGCUGGGGGAUCUAGCGCUGCCGGCAGCCGCCGUACAGGAGCAGCCGCUGGCCUCUCAUCGUCCUCAUCGGCUUAUCAACGCCAGCAGAUGCAUGCUUACCAGCAGCAACAACUACACCAAUAUCAACAACACCAACACAUGUUGUCGAAGAGCGCCACAAGCGCGGCACUCUUCCAGAGAUCGCGCAUUCCAAAAACCCUCUCAGCCUUUACAGCAAAGCCCGUCAUACAAGAUGAUGCUGAUGGCCACUUGAUAUAUCACAACGGCGAUAUACUUCUUCACAGAUAUAAGAUUAUGGCUACACUGGGCGAGGGUACAUUCGGACGAGUCGUGAAGGUCAAGGAUAUGGAGAGGGACUUUUGUAUGGCCUUAAAGAUCAUCAAAAACGUGGAGAAAUAUCGUGAAGCUGCGAAGCUGGAAAUAAACGCUUUGGAAAAGAUCGCUCAAAAAGAUCCACAUUGCGAACAUUUGUGUGUAAAAAUGAUUGAUUGGUUCGAUUACCAUGGCCACAUGUGCAUCGUUUUUGAGAUGUUGGGUUUAAGUGUGUUCGAUUUUUUGCGCGAGAACAACUAUGAGCCAUAUCCAUUAGAACAAGUACGGCACAUGGCCUAUCAAUUAUGCUAUUCAGUAAAAUUUCUACACGACAAUCGCUUAACGCACACUGAUCUCAAACCUGAAAAUAUUCUCUUCGUCGAUUCGGAGUAUACGACGCAUUAUAAUCACAAAAUUAAUCGCGAAGUGCGUCGUGUUAAAAAUACCGACGUUCGCCUCAUUGAUUUCGGUUCGGCAACAUUUGAUCAUGAGCAUCAUAGCACAAUUGUUUCUACACGUCACUAUCGUGCACCGGAGGUCAUUCUUGAGUUAGGCUGGUCGCAGCCCUGUGACGUUUGGUCUAUUGGCUGUAUUCUCUUCGAGUUGUACCUAGGCAUAACACUCUUCCAAACGCACGACAAUCGUGAGCAUCUAGCGAUGAUGGAGCGCAUUCUAGGUCAAAUACCAUAUCGUAUGGCACGAAAUCAUUGCCAUUACAGCAAAACAAAAACGAAAUACUUUUAUCACGGUAAGUUAGACUGGGAUGAGAAGUCUUCGGCUGGGCGUUAUGUGCGCGAUCAUUGCAAGCCACUAUUCAGAUAUCAAAUGAGUGACACGGAAGAUCACUGCGAACUUUUUGAUCUGAUCAAGAAAAUGUUGGAAUACGAACCAUCUCAGCGGGUGACGUUAGGUGAUGCCCUUCGUCAUCCCUUCUUCGAUAAGCUCCCACCGCACCAACGCGUUGGUGAAAUCGGCAAUAUAAAACAGGCGAUUUCUUCCGGCAGCAGUAGCAGCCGCGAACGUUCGCAUAGUUUGUCAAGAUGAGAUUUGGCGCGAUUUGGUUAUUGUUAAUUAAAAUUAGAACUGCAACAGUGAACGACAUAGAAGUAGGAGGAAAACAUAUGGACAACCGACAACAAACAGAUGUAAUACAAUGAAAUAAACGGAAAGCAAGCAUUGGAAUAAGGCGCGCGCCCAGCACAUAACAGGUGAUGACGACAACGGUGCAGCGCAACGACAACGAUGCCAUAGAGAACAUAGCAUAGGAAAAGAAAAUCAUCACCACACUUAGAAGAACACCUUAACCCGAUUGGUCGAAGUCCAAUCAUCGGCAUACAGCAAUUUUGUAGUAACACAAGAACAGGCAGCAGAACGUAAGAGGAGAAAAGCAUAAAUAGUUUAAGAUACAAUACACACAAUACUAAACACUAGUAAAGCUACUUUUUAUAAAAGAAUCUUGGAAUUUGCGGUAAAGGCGCAGAAAAGUGGUUUCCACACACACACACACACACAAACAUAUACGCACAUUCUGCGAAAAUGUCUUACUGAAACCUUUGCGACAAUUAAUUCUUCUAACUUGUAAUUAAUUACCCAUGUACUUUGUAUCGCCAUAGAUGCAUUCAUCAUGCGUAUAUGAUUGAUUUUAUAUUCUUAUAUACAUACAUAUAUAUUUUGUAUUUUCCACUAAUUCAUAUUUUCGUGAGAGUUUCAAUGAAAUGUAUUAGUGUUUUUUGGGCAAGGUGUGCAAGAUAUGUGUGUGUGCACAACGCGAUCAUCCACAAGAAAUUAACGUAAAAAAGCUAAUUAGUAACUAUAGCCAAUAUUAAUUAGAAAGUUUUUUAAAGCUUUUAUUUUCGUUUCUAAUAAAUGUAAAAUAAUCAUGCCUCUGUGAGCUUAUUUGCUUUGCGACAACCAGCUCGAUUCCUCAAUCAAAGUAAAGUGUUGUAUGUUAUUUGUUGGAAGAAGUGGUCAUUUCUUGUUUUUUUUUUAAGAAACUCAGGAUAAUUUUGCAAAUGAGCUAAACUUACAACAAAGUUGGUUGGACAUGUUUGAUGUGCGUCUCAGCGCAAAUUACAGUCAAGACACGAAGCAUGUGAUUUUGUAUAAACGAAGCCAAAAUUAUUAUAUAUAAAUAUAUAGCGCAAAACAUUGCUUGUCGUACAGUGUCUCAUCCCAUUUACGUGGUUCCAUGUUGUAAUUAUAAUUAAGAAUAACCAAAUCAAGAGUCGUUCGUCGUCGAAGAAAGAAAAAAUAAUCCCAUUUGAUUUUUGUUCCCUUAUAUGUAUUGUAAUGUAAAUAUACAUAUAAAUAAAUGAUAAAAGCUUUCGAUUAAAUUAAAUAAAAUACGAUAAGAAACGGUUGUACACAUACACAAGAGCGAGCUUUAUUUGAGCAUACUAAUGAGUUAAUCAAAUUUGCUUUCAUUGUUUCCAUUAACACUUUGCUUCUCUCUCUAACCUGUUGGUAUGUGAAAACGCUGCGGCUAGUUGCGUAUGUGUGCAAAAGUCUAGAAACAAGAGAGGUGACAAUUAUUGGAUCAGACGCGCACACAUCUAUGAUGUGCGAAUUUAUAUGUAUACAUACAUAUAAACGUAUGUAAAUUUAUUGAUCAUUAAUGAUUUUUUUUUUGCUUUGACGUCAGCGAACGUCCUUAGUUUUUCAGCUGACUGCAUGGGCAAUUAUUAGCAUUGCUUUCUCCUGCAGAGCCUCAAAUUGAGAUAAUUGCAUUGAGUCAGACUUAAAUUAGAUCGUGCUCAUGUUUUCUUCUUUUUUUAUGGAAAUAAUCCACUUAAACUUAAGUUCAAAACAGAGCGGGUGUUCAAUAUUGGAUUUUUAUAUAAAAUAUAUAUGUAUAAAUAAAUCUACUUUUAUGUUAAACAAACUAUCAGAACUGAGCGUACAGAGGAAUCUAGUGAAAUAUAAUGCUAAGAAAGUAAAAAGUGUUAAAAUUAUUGAAAAAUGAAUGAAUAUUUAAGUAACUAGAUUGCAAUCAAUUAUAAAGCGCUUGUAUUUCAAAGGGAUCUUAUCGAGUCAAAUGUUAUCAUAUGACAUGUAAAUAAACUAAAGUAUAGAACCGCAAGGAAUAAUAUAAAUCAUAUUAAAAAAGUUGAUUUGAUUGAAUUUUUGUAGAAAUUAAAUAGAACUUUGUCGAAACAAUAAGGACUUAUACAUAUAUGCGAAUUCCAAUCCAAGCAGUCUUUUGAACGCGGUAAAAAUGUCAGUAUAUGUACAUAAAGUGUCUUUUGCUUACCCUAUAUGCAGUUUUGUAAAUAGCAAAAACAAAGAAAAGUGGAGCAAAUCAUGAACCGUGGAUCAUUCAGCCAAAGGAAAGCGCAAAUAACCACACUUACACAUACACACUGGUCGUUUCUAAUUUAGUUAGUUUGUUUGUUUGUAAUUUCUACUAUUUAAAAUGUAAUUCAGUCAUAAACAAUUGUUACACCGACCAAACGAAACUGUGCAACCGUUCAAGUCCAAAAUCUAGUUAUUUUAGAUUUUGGACUUGAACGGUUGCACAGUUUCGCAUACUGUUAUGUGGUAAGGGCAGUAAUUUAAUGAUUAAAUGAUUACGUUGUGGAAUUCGGAUGGAUGUGAGCAAGUACAAACAUCCAUAAUGAAUUCUAUUCGAUUAUUUAUUUCCGUUUGAUUUUAGUUUUUAGCUAUGUUUUAAAUUCAUACAAACAUUGAAUAUUGUCCAUAAACACAUAUACACACACACACACUCAGUUAAAUAUACUAUAUAAUGUACUAAAUAAUACGUAAAAUAUAUAUUAUUACAAUUUAUGAUUAUAAAAUGAAAAACUAUUAAAAAAUAAAGAAUUGACUAUGAAUAAU